AUGCAAUCAAUUGGUUUAAUGUAUUAUAUGUACAUUUGCCAGCCAAAGUUUAUAUACAUGUCAAUUCUGGACGCCUUCUGCCUGUUUAAGUGGAUAAUAAGCAUGUUACCAAAGCUUGUGGGACACAAAGGCUCUAACUGUUGGGUAUUAUACUCCCGCAUAUUUACAAUUAAGGCGUUUAUAGUUUUUUUCUGGGUAUUGCCUGUGAAACCUCAUUCGAAAGGAGUUCUUUUAAAAUCACGAGGUGGUCGUUCUCUUGAGAUUAUGUUACUGUUGUUUAUCACACCAACUGUGUAUACAAUUUUGGCAUUUAGUACUGGAAUUCAUCUCUACGGUGGAGUUAAUAUGGUUUCAUCAGAACGUCUCAUACAUUGUGAUUUGAUUAUUCACGUAAUCUUUGAUUAUUUGGAUAUCAUUGAUAUUUUCCACAAGUUCUCAAUUGACUACAAUUCACUUAUUAACACGUUCAAUUUUUACAAAAUCUUCUGUUCAGUUUUUCUCGUCACUCCAAUCUUUCUACAUAGUUACACAUUUCCUCAUUUUUCAACCACCACCACCCAUAACACAGAUAACACUAUUGAUACUGUCAAUAAUAAUAGUGUUAGUAGUAAUGUGAAUAAUAGCGGAAGAGUGAUGAAAAGAGAUGAGAUAUACUUUUGUAGAAAGUUUGCUGGAAUUGUUGGUAUUUUUUUUGUAGAUUUACCAUUUCUGUUUAUAAGAAUUUAUACAUGGCAAUCAACCGUACACUAUUCAGCGUUUGCGCCGUUUAUGUUGAAGAAUUUGUGUUUUUUACUAUUACAAAUUUCGAGAAUAAGACAUAACUUGUCUGGAGUUGACUCGUCCCAAUCUUCGAAUAAACAUAAAAUCACUGCACAAACUGAUUCAACCUAUACCAACAAAAAAAAAUAUAAUAGAAAUGAGAUAAAGUUGAUAAAAAUGAAUGAGAUGAUUUUGAAGAUAAUAUUGAUGAUAAAUGUGGAUGUGAAAUGUGAGUUCGUUACGGUGACUGGUCCACGGCCAACCACUAACCCCCAAAAGGGACUUAGCUAUACAAAGGAGAAUUUGGUAUAUGGUAUGGAGUUGUUGGAUUACACAAACUUGGAACGCAUAUUCAUAUCGUCUGAUUAUCGUAUUUUCCUGUUUUGCUUCCACUUGAUAGUAUUAACUUCAUUGUUGUUUUUGUUCAUUUGGUCAAUUCUUGGCCCAAUCUCCGAUGCACUUUUUAUCGCUAUUUUCACCUUCACAAGGCUUACAGCAUUCGUGUUCUCAUUAAUUGUCAUGUGCAACUAUGUUGACUCACUUCGUUUAUUGGAGUUUAUCUCAUCGAAAUGGCCUGGAGAAUCCAUUCACUAUAUUUUUAUAUUGUUCUCCUUUAAACCGGUAAUGCAACGUGGCGGGUGGUUUCCUCUAUCGCCUUCCUUCUAUUUAUUUAUUUAUUCCCUCAAAGGAGACUUACUUAUAUCUCUUAUCUAA